CACUAAUGGUUAAACGGAAGCGUCAUCGAGUCAAGACUGUGAAGGACCUCUCGAGUCUUGUCCCCAAGAAGGUCAAAGCAAAGAAGAGUGGUCGAAAUGCGUUGGUAGAUGAGAGGGAAGCCCGCCGUCUUGAAGUUGACCCAACGAUGACGGUAGCUGAGAUCAAUCGGGAAACGGAAGAAAUAGAAAGGCUAGCAGCUUCAGAGCUCAAGGUCAAGAAGAGAGGCAAGAUUCGAACUGCCGAGAAUUGCUCAGUACCUGAAGUGGGAGUGCUGGAAGGUGGCUGGCGAGCGGAGAAGAUGAAACGCAAGUCCCAGAAGCAAGUCAAGAAAGGACUCGGCACUUCAGCUUAGACUUGUACUCUACCAAGUUCUCUACGUCGGA